AUGGCGCUCGUCGUCGCCUCGCCGUCGACGAGCGAAUCCGUCCUCGACGCGUCAUCCCUCUUACCCUUCCAACGCGCGAUCGCGCGCGAUGUGUUGGACAGAGACGGCGUCAUCGUCAUGGCGGAGGGACUCGGUGCGGCGUCGAUAAUCGCCGCGCUGUGCGCCGUCGACGACGCGCUGCUGCGCGAACGACCGCUCGGUGAACGCGGUCGCGUCACUUUGAUCGUCGGCGCCACGGAUGCGAUCAAAGUGAGCGUGAAGGAGCGCGCGGAGGCGCUGUUCCCCGGGGCGCGACCGCCGUUGGAGCUCACGAGCGAGACGAGCGGCGACGCGCGGAGUAAGCGGUACGAGGAUGGGUGCGUGGCGUUCGUGACGACGCGUAUCGCGAGCGUGGAUCUGUUGAGUGGAAGAUUGGAGGCGAAGCGAGUGCGAGGGGUGAUCGUGUGCAACGCGCAUCGAGCGACGGAGGUCUCGGGAGAGGGGUUCGUCGUGCGGUUGUUUCGGGAAGGAAAUCGAAGCGGAUACGUGCGAGCGAUCAGCGAUAGACCGGGAGAUUUGACGAGGGGGUUCAGUAGUGUAGAGCGAUGCAUGAAGGCGCUGAUGUUGACGCGCGUGCACCUGUGGCCGCGUUUUCAUUUGCGGGUGAAGGAGGAUUUGGACGCGACGCCUCCAGAGGUGAUCGAGCUCAGGCAACCGCUCAGUGAAAACGUCCUGAUGAUUCAGCAGGCGAUAGUGAGCGUGAUGGAUUCAUGCAUGUCGGAGUUAAAGAAGAGUCGGUACAUUGACACGAGUGAUCUAACGCUCGAGAGUGGGCUGUUCAAGAGUUUCGAUCUGAUUUUGCAACGACAGCUUGACAAGGUGUGGAACGUCGUGCCCAAGCGCGUGAAACAAAUCGUAUACGAUUUGAAAACCUUGCGCUUGCUCGCGGACGGACUCUUGAAGUACGAUUCGGUGACAUUUUUAAAGUAUCUUCAGACGUUGCGCGCGAGCGAAUCGCGGGAGGCCAUGUGGUUAUUCACCGAGGCUUCGCACGCAAUUUUUGAGUAUGCGAAAAAACGCGUGUACUUACUCAGACGCAAAGCCGCGGCGCAGCCGCCGAAAGGACUCGGCAAGCGCGCGCUCCCGACCCCAGUCUUGGGUUCCGAUCUCGUCCCAGUCUUGGAGCCGAUGCCGAAGUGGACGCUCGUGGAGGAAAUUUUAGAUGAAAUAGACGAGGAGCGCAGGCAAGGAGGCGAGUUACUCGCCGUCGCCGCCUCGGAAACCGUUAUCGACUUGACUUUUUCUCAGCCGUACGCGUCUCAGGAAUUCAACGAUGUAGACAAAACGCUGAAGUACAAGCAAGGUGCGACGCUGAUAGUGUGCAAAGAAGAGCAUGUCGUGCAGCAGCUGGAGUUUUGUAUUCGAUACGGCGCUGAGGCUUUGAUGCGCGCGCACUGGACCGAUUACCUGUGUAAUCGAGGGGCGAAUAACGUCGCCGCGCAGGUUGCAAAGCGCCGGGGUGGGGUUCGCACGAGGGGACGCGACGGUGGGCGUGGCAGGCGCAGCGGACGCGGCCAGCCACAACAACCGCAGCGCAGAUUCUCCAAACUCGAAGCCAUGCAGGCGCGAAUAGAGGGACGCGAAGUCGAAGAUCCCGCGCUCGAUCUAGACGGAAGAACCGAGGAAAGCAGACUCCUCGCCACCGCCGCGGCUGAGGCGAAGAAGUCAAUUAUUUGUGAAAAGUCGAGAGAGGAGAAGAAGGCGCCGCAGCAAGUCGAAGUUAAACCUGAACACAAGGAGGAGGCGCUCGAUCUCAAUGACGACGAAGUCAUCGUGAUUGGCGAGACGCGCACGCGCUCCGUGGUGAAACGCGAUACGGACAGUAUUUUCGUGUACGCGCACGAAAGAAAACUUAACCUGCUGAAUCGGAUCCGGCCUUCGUUCGUGGUGAUGUACGAUCCUGACGCCGCGUUCAUUCGCGAACUUGAGGUGUAUCAGGCGCAACACCCAGAGGUGACCGUCAAGGUGUAUUUCAUGGUAUACGACACGUCUCUGGAAGAACAGAAAUACCUGGGGAGUAUCAAGCGCGAGAGCGCGGCUUUUGAAAACUUAAUCCGCACCAAGCAGCACAUGGCUGUUCCUGCUGAACAAGAAGGAUGGACCGAUUCACCGAAUCCGCUUCCACUGUCGCUACCGAGGUCGAUCGCAAGACAAAGAAUCGAGGAAUCGCGCGAGGUUAGCACACGAAAAGGUGGUGGUACGCUCACGAUUCGCUCGUCACUCGAAAUCGUGGUCGAUAUGCGAGAGUUCAUGUCCGCACUUCCGUGCGUUCUACACGCCGCCGGAUUCAAGGUGCGACCGACAACGCUUGAAGUCGGAGACUAUAUUCUUACGCCGGACAUUUGCGUCGAGCGCAAAGCAAUUCCGGAUUUGAUUCAGUCCUUUGCCUCGGGACGAUUGAUAUCGCAGGUGGAGGCGAUGUGCAAGUAUUACAAAACUCCGGUAUUGCUAAUUGAGUUUGACGGCGAAAAGGCGUUCGCGUUGAGCGCAGCCGCCGACUUGCCUCGCUUCCCCGGUCAGAACCACAUUAUCACAAAAAUCAGUAUGCUCGCCAUUCAGUUUCCGAAGCUACGAAUGAUUUGGAGUCGGUCGAUGCAGAUGACGGCUGAAGUUUUCGCAUCCCUCAAGGCGAUCGAACCCGAGCCCGUGCUCGAGGUGGCGCAGAGAAUUGGCGUCCCAGACGCCGACGGCGACGUGUACAAACUCGUGCAAGACGACCUGAAUGAUAUGGCAGUUGAUUUACUCCGCCGACUUCCCGGAAUCACCGAUAGAAACUAUAGAAAAGUCAUCGCAAAGGUUGAGAGCAUAGAGAAGAUGUGCGACCUGAGCGAGGAAGAACUCGCGGCGAUACUCGAAGACGCAAGGCAGGCGAAGACGCUUCACACCUUCAUCCACGCCCCGUUCGCGAAAGAUUUCAUCGACUGA